AUGGCUGGCCUUGUCACGGGCAGUUCCCAUCCUUUGCAUGCCAAAGACGAGCUGAGGCCUCCAAGUCGCCAGUCUGCAACUUCGAAAAAAUGUAGAGUAUGUGGGGAUGAGAUUGGAGUUAAGGAAGAUGGAGAGGUGUUUGUUGCUUGUCAUGUGUGUGGCUUUCCUGUUUGUAGGCCUUGUUAUGAGUAUGAGAGGAGUGAAGGCAACCAGUGUUGUCCUCAGUGCAACACUCGCUAUAAGCGUCACAAAGGCUGUCCUAGAGUUCCUGGAGAUGAUGACGACGACGACAAGUUUGAUGAUUUUGAUGACGAAUUUCAGAUUAAGCCUCAUGAUCAUGAUGACUCCAAUCAGAAAAAUGUUUUUAGUCACUCGGAAAUUGAGCACUAUAAUGAACAGGAAAUGCAUCCCAUUCGUCCUGCCUUUUCCUCUGCUGGAAGUGUUGCUGGUAAGGAUAUUGAGGGCGAGAAAGAGGCUUACAGCAAUGCAGAAUGGCAAGAGAGAGUGGAGAAAUGGAAAGUCAGGCAAGAAAAGAGAGGUUUAGUGAGCAAAGAUGAUGGAGGAAAUGAUCAAGGAGAAGAAGAUGAGUACCUUAUGGCUGAAGCUAGGCAACCACUAUGGAGAAAAAUUCCAAUUCCCUCAAGCAGAAUCAAUCCAUAUCGAAUUGUCAUUGUCCUCCGACUUAUCAUUCUUUGCUUCUUUUUUCGCUUUCGGAUCUUAACUCCAGCUUAUGAUGCUUUUGCAUUAUGGCUGAUCUCUGUAAUUUGCGAGAUAUGGUUUGGCCUUUCCUGGAUCCUUGACCAGUUCCCCAAAUGGAACCCCAUUGAACGUGAAACGUACCUCGAUCGCCUAUCCUUGAGGUUUGAGCGUGAGGGCGAGCCUAAUCGUCUAGGCCCGGUUGAUGUGUUUGUGAGUACUGUGGACCCUCUCAAGGAACCACCGAUUAUAACUGCAAAUACAGUCCUUUCAAUCCUAGCUAUUGAUUAUCCUGUUGACAAGGUCAGUUGUUACGUAUCGGAUGAUGGUGCAUCCAUGCUCCUUUUUGACUCACUGGCAGAAACUGCUGAGUUUGCAAGGAGAUGGGUUCCAUUUUGCAAGAAGCAUAACAUUGAGCCAAGGGCUCCCGAGUUCUACUUCACUCAGAAGAUUGACUACUUGAAAGAUAAAGUACACCCCAACUUUGUGAAGGAGCGCAGAGCUAUGAAAAGAGAAUAUGAAGAAUUCAAAGUAAGGAUUAACGCAUUGGUGUCAAAGGCUCAAAAGAAACCAGAAGAAGGAUGGGUGAUGCAGGAUGGAACCCCAUGGCCAGGAAACAACACACGUGAUCAUCCUGGGAUGAUUCAGGUAUAUCUAGGAAGUGAGGGUGCGCUCGAUGUGGAAGGCAAGGAGCUUCCGAGGCUUGUGUAUGUUUCCCGUGAAAAACGACCUGGUUAUAACCACCACAAGAAAGCAGGAGCCAUGAAUGCUCUGAUUCGAGUCUCAGCUGUGCUCACCAAUGCACCUUUCAUGUUGAAUUUGGAUUGUGACCAUUACGUCAAUAACAGCAAGGCUGUAAGAGAAGCCAUGUGCUUUUUGAUGGAUCCCCAGCUUGGGAAGAAGCUCUGCUAUGUCCAGUUUCCUCAGAGGUUUGAUGGUAUCGAUCGCCACGAUAGAUAUGCUAAUCGAAAUGUUGUUUUCUUUGAUAUUAACAUGAAAGGUCUAGAUGGGGUCCAAGGGCCGGUAUAUGUUGGUACUGGAUGCGUCUUCAACAGGCAGUCCUUGUAUGGCUAUGAUCCACCAGUGUCCGAGAAGCGACCCAAGAUGACAUGCGAUUGCUGGCCAUCAUGGUGUUGUUGCUGCUGUGGUGGUUCAAGGAAAAAGUCUAAGAAGAAAGGGCAAAGAAGUCUGCUUGGAGGACUAUACCCCAUGAAAAAGAAAAUGAUGGGGAAGAAGUACACAAGGAAAGCAUCUGCACCAGUCUUUGAUCUUGAAGAGAUUGAAGAAGGGCUUGAAGGUUACGAAGAGUUGGAGAAAUCAUCACUCAUGUCACAAAAAAGUUUUGAGAAACGGUUUGGGCAAUCACCAGUAUUUAUUGCCUCCACCCUCAUGGAAAAUGGUGGCCUGCCUGAAGGAAAUAAUUCUCAAUCACACAUUAAGGAAGCUAUUCAUGUUAUAAGUUGUGGGUAUGAGGAGAAAACUGAAUGGGGUAAAGAGGUCGGAUGGAUUUAUGGUUCUGUUACAGAAGAUAUCCUGACAGGCUUUAAGAUGCAUUGCAGAGGAUGGAGGUCCGUCUACUGUUCACCACCGAGACCAGCCUUUAAGGGAUCUGCUCCCAUUAAUCUAUCAGAUAGGUUGCACCAAGUUCUGCGAUGGGCUCUUGGCUCUAUUGAAAUUUUCCUUAGUCAUCACUGUCCUCUAUGGUAUGGCUAUGGAGGAAAGUUGAAGUUGCUGGAGAGGCUUGCUUACAUCAACACCAUCGUUUACCCUUUCACUUCCAUCCCCUUACUUGCCUACUGUACUAUUCCAGCAGUCUGCCUCCUGACAGGAAAAUUUAUCAUCCCUACUCUGAACAACCUUGCUAGUGUAUGGUUCCUAGCCCUUUUCAUCUCAAUUAUAGCAACAUCUGUGUUAGAGCUUCGAUGGAGUGGAGUGAGCAUCCAGGACUUGUGGCGUAACGAGCAAUUUUGGGUCAUCGGCGGUGUCUCGGCACAUCUUUUUGCCGUCUUCCAAGGCCUCCUCAAGGUCCUUGGAGGAGUUGACACUAACUUCACAGUUACGGCCAAAGCAGCAGAUGACGCUGAGUUUGGAGAGCUGUACCUCUUCAAAUGGACAACCCUUCUCAUCCCACCAACAACUCUGAUUAUCUUGAAUAUGGUUGGAGUAGUGGCAGGAGUAUCUGAUGCAAUAAACAAUGGAUAUGGGUCAUGGGGUCCUUUAUUUGGGAAGCUGUUCUUCGCUUUCUGGGUCAUUGUCCAUCUCUAUCCUUUCCUCAAAGGUCUAAUGGGAAGGCAAAACAGGACUCCUACAAUUGUUGUCCUUUGGUCUAUACUUCUUGCAUCUAUUUUCUCAUUGAUUUGGGUUAGAAUCGAUCCCUUCUUGCCCAAGCAAACUGGCCCAAUUCUCAAACAAUGUGGGGUGGAGUGUUAG